AUGAAUGAACAGUAUCAAGAAGAAGAGCAAGAAAUGGCGGUGGAACAUCAUGAGAUGCAAGGUCCACGACUUGUGAAUAUCUUGGAGCAAGCAGGCAUUAAUACGACAGACGUGAACAAACUGAAGGAGGCUGGAAUGCAUACGGUGGACGCUGUGGCUAUGGCUACGAAGAAACAACUUGUGGCUAUCAAGGGAAUUAGUGAAGUGAAGGCAGAGAAAAUGCUUAAAGCAGCACGGGAGAUGGUCAAUGUGGGCUUUACGACGGCAGCCGAUGUGCUAGAGAGUAGGAAAGAUUUGAUAACAUUAUCGACGGGCUCUAAUGCUGUUGAUGAACUGCUGAAAGGUGGUAUUGAGACGGGUUCAAUCACAGAGCUGUUUGGAGAGUUUAGGACGGGUAAAACACAGUUGUGCCACCAACUCUGCGUGACAUGCCAGCUGCCAGUGGAUCGUGGUGGUGGCGAAGGCAAGGCGUUGUAUAUCGACACCGAAGGCACCUUCCGUCCUCAAAGGUUACAGGCUAUUGCAGAACGAUACGGUCUGGAUGGUGAUAGUGUAUUGGAUAACGUAGCGUUUGCACGCGCGUACAACUCGGAGCAUCAGAUGCAGCUGCUGAUUCAAGCGUCCGCUAUGAUGGCCGAAUCUCGAUUUGCACUCGUCAUUGUCGACAGUGCUACAGCACUAUUCCGAACAGAUUAUUCAGGUCGUGGAGAGCUAGCAGCUCGACAGCAGGAACUUGCAAAAUUCCUCCGUACUCUUACAAGAAUGGCCGACGAAUUUGGUGUUGCAGUUGUGAUCACAAACCAGAUGACUGCAAAUCCAGAUUCCGGCAUGUUUGCCAAAGAUCCGCUUCAGCCUAUUGGUGGCAACAUCAUGGCCCAUGCGUCAUGUACCAGACUUCGCCUGAAAAAGGGUCGCGGUGAGAAUCGUGUCAUGAAAGUUGUCGAUUCCCCCAUCCUGCCGGAAUCAGACGCUAUCUAUUCCAUCACGGAACAAGGUAUACAGGAUGAGCUCAAUUAG